AUGAAUUCAUUUAUGUAUUCAUUCAAAAAUCUAAGCAGUGAAUUUGUAGAAUCAGCUAAUUUUGUUUAAAACAAAAGGCCUAACCAAUUUUGCCUCAAAAUAUUUAAUUAACAGUCAUAUGAAGAUUUUAAAUUGGAAGAAUAACAAUAACCUUCAUAAUAAUAAUUUUAGGAUCAAUACCCUUAAUUGAGUAUUAGUUAAUAUUUCUUGAACCCUUAAUUAAGUUUGGAGUUAAAAUCGAAACUUCCUUCUCUAGAUAGGUAUAUUAAGAAAAAGAAAAUACAUAAAAAGGCUAAAUAACAGUCCGCUGCAAUUAGAGAUUAUAAGAAAAAUAUAUGCAGAAAUAUUUUGAGACAUAGUAUAAAAGGAAUAGUUAAUUCUUCAUCUCAGGAGUUUUUGUUAGAAGAGUUUAGAAAUAACAAUCAAAAAUUAAUUGAAUUUCAAAAGUUUUAUUAAUAAAAUUUAGAAAUCAUUUCAGGUUUUAGAGUGCUAAAAGAUCAUUUGAUAAUUUAAGGCGAUGAACCUAAAGAAGAAUAAGAACGAAAAAGCGUUUUUUAAAAAUAUUUAAUCUGGUUUUUGUCCUCUUAGGCAACAAAAUGCAUAUUGUAAUCAGAGGCUAAUAACAUCGCUGAAUAUAUCCACUACAAAAAUGAUGUCCUAUUAUAUUAUGUCCAGCAGCCUUCGCAAUGGUACUCUAACAAGCCUUUAUGGAGAAAAAAAGAAUGA